UUUACUCACUUGCAUCCAUGUCACCCCCUGUUCACUGUUUUCCUGAUGCCAAAGGGUGGCGGUGAGCCCGGGUGCGAGGGCCCUUUCAUCGCUGCUUGCAGCUUUAAUUUUUUUUAUUUUUGCAAAGGUCCUUUUAGGGGCUCCGUAAAAAUUACACUACUAGUUUAAAAAAUAACGUGAAUUAAAGUAAAAGUAUACCACAGAAACAAUUUAAACUCAGAAAUGCGGUCUCAGAACGAGCAGCUUGAUCGACUGCUGAUAAAGCACGUGCCACAUGAAGCCUGCUGUAUCUGCCCACAGAGACGCUAAUGAAAUACAGUUUCACCUGCACUUUUAAAAGUUCAUCUCGGAGGAUACUUUUGACUCGGAGGAUAUUUUUGACGUCCGCUUAGCUCCACUGACGCCUCCAUUGAGUGCACCUGUGAUGCAAACUUCGCGUUUGUUAAGAAACGUGGCCUGUCGUGUCAUCUGCACGGAACGAUAUAACGCCUUUGUCUUGCACAAAAGCUGUGAGAAUGACCCAAGAUCAGCUUCUCACGGGUUUGAAGAAGGAUGUCCGCUCUCUCUUGGUCUCAGCGAAGCAUGGCUUGACCCCUGAGCAGCUCAAGAGAGACUACCAGACCAUGCUGGGCUUCCCCAUUCCCCUCAGACUACUGGGAUUCAGAACUGUUUUGGAUAUGGUCAAGGAAAUGCCGGAUGUUGUGCACUUGGAGUACCACCUUGAUGGCAGCAUCAUUUUAAAAGCUAUAUUUUCCAGAGAGGUAGAGACUCGAGCUAUCAGUGCAGAGGUACGAGCGUUAAAAGCAGAGGAAGACCUGCAGGCAGCUCUGGACAAGAUUCAAGAUCUGGAGAAACAGCUACAGGCUCGGCCCAGUGUGGAGACCAAGUUGAGCAAGAAGAACGUUACACCAGCACCCAAGACACCCAGCACCCCUGUCGCAGCUUCUGAAGCUAAGACAAGAAGUCAGAAACCUGAAGCCAGCCCGAAACUGUCCAGAGGCACCAAGAAACACUAAAUUAAUAAAAACAAUACCGGAGCUCAUGUGGGACAAAAUAA